UUUUUCAUCAAUCUCCACAACAGUCUUUGAUCAGCUAUCGAAUAGUAUUAACCAUGUAUUCCUCAACGAAACUCGUCGCCUGUGCGCUCAUCGUUGCCCAGUUGGUGGGCUCGAUUCAGUGCGGAUAUUACGACAACACGGAUAAGUGGGUGCUUUCCGACAAGACGAAGGCUUUCCCGGAAAACGCCGUCCUGGGUGGCUAUGAUUCAUACGGCUAUGAGAACUUCGUGGGCCGAGUGGUUUACUCGAGCUCAGUGCUGCCAGCGCGUGUUAGGGCCGAAACUGGAUACGCUACAUAUAACACCGAAUCAGUUGGUAAUCAGUCCACCUCAUACGAGCUGUUGGUGUCCAAUGAGACGGUCAGCUAUGACUGGGUGCGCAGCUUCGAUGGAUUCUUGGAGAGGAAUGCUGUGUCUGUGGGCACAAGUGCUACAAACGAGCGCGUCUACGUCUGCCGUGGCCGAACUGAUGGUGGUAUUUUCAUUGGCACCCUGUAUCUGGCGCAAAGGGCUUGCUUCAUUCGCUACGAGAAUUUGCCCAUGAGACAGCUGAGCAAAUACGAGGUUCUUGUGCGAAAACAUACUCCUCUAACAUGGGCACCAUUCGAAGCACAAAUCAAUUGAAUAAUCAGCUAUAAUUUUGCAAAUGAAGACGCUUACUCCACAAGGAGUUGUAAUUAGUAAGUUGCUUUGAGUAAAAACAAAAUAAUUGGAACUAGUAAAUGUUAAAAUCAAAUUAAAGUAAAUAAAAUAUCUUAUUCGUUGCUAGUCGAUGAGGAGUGACUAACUGUAA